CUGGAGUCCGCAAAUUUAAUCGAGAAUGGCAGCAGAGGCAGCUCCAUCCUUGUCUGAGAUUGUGGUCAAACCCUCCCUGGUUCAGGGGGAGAAGUUCAUUAAAUGGGACGAUGAUACAGGAGUUGGAUCACCAGUGGUUCUACGCAUCGAUUCCCAUGGACACUUCCUGUACUGGACCUACCAGAACAAGCACGUGGACUGCCUGGACAUGACUGCAAUCCGUGACACAAGGAUCGGAAAAUACGCCAAAGUCCCAAAGGGCACUGCUGGGCAGGAAGCGACAGCGUAUGAAGAGAUGUCCAGCCUGGUCAAUUACAUUCAGCCUGUGAAGUUCCAGUCUUUUGAAGUGGCUAACAAAAUAAAUAAAUCCUACAUCAUCUCGUCAUUCACUGAGACCAAAGCUCUAGAUCUGCUCAUCAAAUUCCCACUUGAUUUUGUUGAGUACAACAAGAGGCAAAUGAGUCGCAUCUACCCCAAGGGGACACGGGUAGAUUCCUCCAACUACAUGCCCCAGGUCUUCUGGAAUGCUGGCUGUCAGAUGGUGGCUCUCAACUUCCAGACUGCAGACUUGCCCAUGCAGUUGAACAGCUCGUACUUUGAGUUCAAUGGACGGAGCGGAUAUAUCCUGAAACAUGAACUUCUGCGUCAUCUGGAGAAGACAUUUGACCCUUUCACCACUGAUUGCAUUGAUGUCGUUGUGUCAAACACACUCUCCAUCUUGGUAAUUUCGGGGCAGUUCCUGUCCGAUCGUAACUCCAGAUUCUUCGUGGAAGUGGAGUUGCUGGGCCUUCCGGGUGACCCGAAGAAGAAGUACAGGACAAAACUCAGCACUGAGCCGAACUCUAUUAACCCCCAGUGGAAGGAUGAAGAAACAUUUGUGUUCGAGAAGAUCCUCGUCCCAGAGAUGGCUUAUGUAAGAAUCGCCACAUUUGAAGAUAACGGGAAAUUCGUUGGACACAGGAUACUUCCAGUUACUGCUCUCCAAACAGGAUAUCGCCACAUUAAUCUUCGGAGUGAGACGAACCAGCCACUCACCAUGCCAGCUCUGUUUGUCCGUAUCGAAGUGAAGGACUUUGUGCCUGACACUUGGGCAGAUUUAACAAAGGCUUUGAUUGACCCAAUAGAAUUUGUCGGCUCAAUGAACACGCCACCCGUAAAGGAGACAAGAGAGUCCUGUGAUCAGGUCGUCACGGACAAUACACAAAUACCAGACAGUAGCAACGGAGCUCCAGACACUAAUGGGCCAGCUUCCAAAAUUCCAAUCUGUAUUGGAUUUGAGGAAUCUUGCAAAGACAUUGCAGAGAUGGAGCCUCUGACUAUCGACGAACUAAAGAUGCAGAAGGCCUUUCUCAAAGUGCAGAAGAAACAGGAGAAGGAGAUGAAAGAACUCGAGAGGAAGACACAGAAGAAGAAAGAUGAUCUGAUACAGAAAUAUUCCAGCAGCUUCACAGAGCUUCGUCGGAAAAAUUCCAGCGAUAGCAAAGGACACAAGAAAAAAUGGAGUCUUGGCAAUAUCCAGGAUAGUGUGCUCUGCGGGGAAUCUCCAAGUGUCACCAGCAUAUCAUGCAGUGGGGCAGUAACUGACCGGGUCAGUGAGCUCAGGGAUAAACUGCAGGCAGACUUACAACGAGUGUACAGAGAGCAGUACGACCUUAUCAAGAACAGAAAAGAACAACAUAUCUCUGAGCAAGUGUCCAAACUACUGGAAAUAGCGAAGGAGAAACAAGCAGCAACCCUGAAGAGCUUAAAGGAGUCCAACGAAAGUGAAAUGAAAGAAGUGAAGAAAAAGAUUGAGCUGAAGCGACAGGAGAAGAUUGAGAACAUGCUGAAAAGCACGGUGGAUAAGAGUGUCCAGGAGAAGCGCAAGAAGGAGAUCAAUGAGCAUCACAUUCAGAUGUCAGUGAAACUCUUCAAGCUGGCUUAUGUGAAUCAGUCGAAUCUUGAGAGCAAGCUCGAAGAAAGGCACACAGAAAAAUUAAAGGAAAUUAAGGAAAAGGAAAAAGAGUACCAGCAGGAGGUCCAGAACGAGUACGAGGCAAAAAUGACAGCCUUGCCGCAGUUGGUGGAGGAACUGAGCAAGUCAAUCAUCAACAGCAAGUUCACCCCGGAGCUGGAGAGGAUGCAGAGCCAAGAGAAAGAUGUGAAGGAAUCAAAGGCACUUGAACCAUUGCCGCUCACGACAGAGAAUCCAUCGGAGAGUAUAGCGAAUGAAGUGGAGGACGCUCCGGAAUACCUGAUUGCUGUGCUAUAACUAACCAAUAACACUGGCAGUCCCUGGACCAGGGAUGGUCUGUCCUUGUGCAACACUGACAUCAGGCCGAGGUCAGCAGAGAGACAGGUUGAGGACUUUACACUGGUGCAAGGCAACACGUGCUCCCUCCAUGGUUUACAGCUUGUUAACUGGUCUCACUUGUUAACGUGCACACAUUGAGUCAGGGGUUGGCACCUGCUGUCUGAUGGGUUGUCAGGAAAGUGCUUCCUCUCACAGUCCAUCUACGGUUUUUUACAACAUUCCCUGCUCUGUAGUUACAAGUAAGUAAGGACUUGCAAUCGGUCAGCGAGUCCUUUUGUGACAGGGCACUCUGGUCUCCACUUCCCCUGUCACCGAGACAUUUCCCCUACGAGCUUGGUGAUAUUAAAACAUUGAAACCAUGUGCAUCCUGCCUGUUAUCUCCUCUCUUCGCUUCGCCUCCGCCUUUUUAUAACAGUAACAGGGGAAAUAGAAUCUCUUGGAGAGCUGCCACAGAGAUGACAGUCCAAAUGCUUGCUCCUGAGCUCCAACAUGUCGGUGAAAGGCUGUCUUCUUUAUGGGUUUGUUACACAGUCAGUUCCCUUAGAACCCUUAGCAAUUCCCACCUGUUCUUGAAACAUUCACCGUUGGAAGGGGGUUUUCUGCUCUGUUUACCCCAGCAGGGAUAUUUUCAGGUAUUCGAGGUAAACGUUAAUGUGCAGAAGGAGCAGCUCGAUGGCUGAUCUCACAGCAGAGUCCUUGGGGAGCGUGUGUGCAUCACUGAGGGGAUCUACUGGGACAGGGAUGGCAUGAUCACUGUAGCAGGCAGCUGGCUAGAAGAAAUGCUGGGCUCCACAUAGAUGCUGGGGAAGGGUUGAAGCCUUUGUAGAGCCACUAGUUAUAAAUAACCUUAAUAACAGUACCUCUCUCUCUCUAACUCAGUUUGCUACAGUUCUCUGAAACUAUUUGCUGUGGUUUGUGUGGAUAAUUGAUUAUAGUACGUUUACCAGCAGCUGGAAUGAAUAACACCUGCAGAUGUUUUUGACAAUAAACAUAGUGUGACCAUUCCCUU